GUGAACGUUAGCAUUGCAACAAAUUAGCAUUUCGAAAGUAGCAUGAUUUAUUUUUUUGUACAUAUUACAUGUGACAAUGUUUAUAGCCUACCGUAUGUGCGCUAAACCACACACCGGUUUACAGUAACAAGAGAGUUGAUAUUCUCCAAGUUGUAGUUUAGUACUUUUAAGUGUAGUUUGUUACUGUCGACGUCGAUCCUGGCUUCGAAUGACGUAACCACAGCUGCUCCGCCCGCACCAACCAAAUUGUUUGUUUAAACGUUGCCAUGGAAACCCGGUAGCAGCGCAAGACCGCCCGUCGAAAGGUGACGCUAAAUACAUGACCAGUGCAUAGAAAACUGACGAAAACGACGCCAAAGACGAAACAUUAGAUAGUAAUUUGUGACGAGUGGGUUAUUGACACUCUUAACAACCAAAUUCCCUUUCCGGAAGCGUUGUCUUGCGUUAACAAGCAAGCAAGCUAAUAACGUACCAGACAGCGAUCGUAACGUGCUAAAAUCAACAACAAUAAUGGACGCUAACUCGUUAUCCUACUCAUUGGAGCUGGUUGCGGGUAGCGGGUGCAUUUUGAACUCGGAGCAAAGGGCAGCUCUGCAAACUUCACUAAUUAUCUUGAAGAAGAACUACAAGUUCAACCGAGUCUUGUUUUGGGGCAAGAUACUCGGUUUAAAGGAGCACUAUUUCAUCGCUCAGGGGAGGAGGGACGACGAGCUGAAGGACACGCAGCAUUUCUACAGCUUCAAUUGCAUCGACUGGUUCCUGAUCCCCUCCACCACAAGCGCAAUGAUCGAGGACGUGUCCAAAACAGCAAAGGGCCGAUUCGAAGGCGACCCAUCAUUUGUGUACGAGUCCAGACAAGCAGAAAGACUUGAUCCUUCAGCGGAAGAGUCGACAACCAAAGUGACGGAGGAGACGAGGCUGGCGGUGACCGUUCACCACAUCAACGAGGAAGCUUCGGUGGUGCCGCGGGGCGCCUUCAUCAACAGCAUGCACGGCGUCGUCCAAAUUAACCGCAGCUUCGGCGGUCUGUCUUACACUCAAGCUGGGAAACUUGAACAUUUUCUUCACUUCUCUCAGCCCAAGAAUCUGAAGAAAAAGGCGCUGUUGGAGAUGGCUGAUCUGAACCCGGCCUUGGACUUUCUGGAUCCGCUGAGUGAGGACAUUCCGAAAGGAUCAUGGAGUCUUCAAUUUGAGAGUGCCAACAAAGUGUGUGUGAUUCGCAGUCUGCUGUGGUUGGGCCUUACUUUCUACCACGUGCCCAUGACGCCACUGCAUGGAUUCAUCUACAUCGGCUACGGGACCAAGAAUUUCGACCUGCCCUUCAUGCUUUAAAAAGAGAGAUGCGGUGUACUGUAUGUCUAGAUGUAUUUGUCUUUUUGUUCCAUUAAGUCUGCAUGCUUAUGAAAACAAUCAAUACAAAAUGAGGUAAAAAAAAAAAAAAGCAGACUUUAUUUGCC